AUGUCACUCGAAAGCGAAGCCAUGGCCGGAGCGACCAUCGAGCUCCUCGAGGCCCGUCUGCGCCGCCUCUCCUACCUCCUGACCGGCGCCACCGAAUGGACGGGGAUCCCUACCACGCCCGAGAAGCCCGCCUCUCACGAAGAGACCGUCUCACGCCGAGUCGCCCGCCUAGAAAGAGAGCUGGAGAAGCUCAGCCGAAGUGUCCCGGCCGUGCGGGACGUGAUCCAACUCCAUGAUCGCUUCCCAGACCUCUUCCAAUCCCCACCGGCUCGCAAAAUCCCAGACGGCCUCUCAACACGCACCCUAUCCUCCAUCGUCCUCUCCUACGCAACUGCCUUCCCCGAAACCGCAUCACGACUUACGUCUUUGAAUGAUCUACCCGUCCCAGAUGCCCAGAGCUCCGCGGCAUUGAUUGAAUUACAACCUAAAUUGGACCGGCUUGCGCAGACUCAGGCCCAACAAGCUGAAUCUAUUUCUGAAUUGCGUGUCCGCACGGCUCGCGUGCUGCAGCGCUGGUACGAGGUUGGACUUGUGGGCAGUGGGGAGUGCUGGGCCGAGUGGGAGGGACGACUUGAGGAUGUGGAGAGAGAGGUCCGGAGGAGAGAGGUGAUCAAGGAGAGGAGGGAGAAUGAGAUUUGA